CACUGCAUGUGCGCUGCCACAUAUCUGCCCACUCUCACUUUUCUUACUUUGGUGCUCAAUUUCCCCUCGGUGCCGGGCUACCGUGCAACAAGUUUUGCAGGAGAAUCAGUGCGCAGUCACACAGGUUCACUGGAGCAAAGUGGGGGGGCUCCACUCGUCCAUCUAUCUGCCGCUGUCGCCACAGAGUCACAGUACGUGAACGGCGCGUCGCAGGCACACUUACACUCAUUUACGCACACAGAACCGUGUGCCACAAAUUCGUGACUGCGCGCCAGAUGCAGUUUGCUCCCCACAGCGCGUGCAGUUAAAUGGAGACCGCAAGAGGAGCAUCAAGGUGCGUGGAGAAAAUGGAGAAAGCGGCGCCUCAGAAGCGACAGCAUAGCCGCACAACGGUGCUCAACAUCCUCUCCUCUCUGUGUUCCGUGGCGUCCGUCGCCUUCUGCAUUCUACUCAGCAUUAACGCGGCCGAUAUCCAGAACCGAGUUGUGGAUUUGGAGAGCGGGGGAGGCGAGCGGCCGGUGAUCCGAGCCCCGGGUUACUCCACGGAUGAUUUAAAUUCCCUGAUUCAGCAGAGAGUUAAUGAGGUGCUCUCGCAGCGCUCCUAUGAAAAUUAUGUCAAGAUUCGGACUGCGAGACAAACGUCACCUGAAUGCAACUGCCCACCAGGACCUCCAGGAAAGCGAGGAAGAAGAGGCCGCAAUGGAGAACCUGGACCUCCUGGCCCUCCAGGUCCGCAGGGUGAAAAGGGGGAUCAAGGCGACCAAGGACCACGGGGAUUGCCUGGUCUCCCUACGCUGGCUGCUUUGCACAGCAAUCAGAUCCUGACUGUCAAGAUGGUCUUCCCUAAGAUCAAUCAUGGCUUUCUUUCCGCUGACCAGCAGCUCAUUAAGCGGCGGCUCAUUAAGGGAGAUCAGGGGCAAGCGGGACCACCUGGGCCCCCAGGGCCACCGGGGCCUCCUGGGCCCAGAGGGCCACCAGGGGACACUGGCAAAGAUGGGCCUAGAGGUGUGCCUGGUCUACCAGGUGAUCCAGGGGAGCCUGGAGAAACAGGACCUACGGGUCCUGAGGGGCCAGAAGGGCUAAAGGGUUCCCUUGGACCUCCUGGUGUUCCAGGCGUUGAUGGAAUGAAGGGGGAUAUUGGCAUCCCAGGACUGGACGGUGUCCCUGGAGCCAAGGGUGAAAUGGGAGAGAGAGGUGAAAAGGGUGAUAUGGGUGAAGAAGGACCGAAAGGCGAUAUAGGCGAGAAGGGAGAUGCAGGCUCCUCUGCAGCCGGCAUCAAGGGUGAACCUGGAGAGCCUGGGCGAAGUGGACACAAGGGAGAGCCAGGACUUCCAGGGCUGCCUGGACUCCCAGGGAUAAAGGGUGAGCCUGGAUUCCUAGGCCCCCAGGGAGAACCAGGACUUCCAGGCCUCCCAGGGACUAAGGGUGAGAGAGGUGAUCAUGGGCCACCAGGAAAGGGUGAGCGAGGAGACAUCGGACCUGUCGGCCCAAAGGGUUCACAAGGAGAGGCUGGUACACCUGGUUUUAAAGGGUCAAAGGGUGAGACUGGAGAUAAAGGAGAUUUGGGAGCCGCUGGCCUGAAGGGGCCUCCUGGGCAGAAAGGAGACCAAGGGGUGACGGAAAUCAUCGACUACAACGGAAACAUUCAGGAGGCUUUACAGAAGAUUACCUCUAUUACAGUGACGGGUCCUGCUGGGCCUCCAGGGCCAAUUGGACCACAGGGUAUAAAGGGGGAUCGUGGUAUGCCUGGUCUCCCUGGACUCGAUGGAGAGCGAGGCUACAAAGGUUCAAAGGGAGACAUGGGGAUGCCUGGAGCUUCAGGGGACAAAGGAACAACUGGUUUACCUGGGCUCCCUGGUAUCAAUGGAGCCAAAGGUGAAAAGGGAGAUUUAGGGCUCCCUGGUCCUCAGGGUUCUUCAAUCAUUGGCCCUCCAGGGCCAUCAGGGCCUCAUGGACCACCAGGACCCAUGGGACCCCAUGGUUUCCCAGGACCAAAGGGUGAAGCCGGCCUACAUGGUGUGAAGGGUAUAAGAGGGGAGCCAGGACACAAAGGCGAUCGUGGACCUUUGGGUCUCCCUGGAGCCUCCGGCUUGGACGGCAAGCCCGGAAUUAGGGGCAUGGAUGGACCUACGGGUCCAGCUGGUCCUGCUGGGCCAAAGGGUGACAUAGGUGAGAAAGGAGCACAGGGCGAGCCAGGGCCAAGGGGACCUUAUGGACUUCCUGGAGCUCCAGGAACACCAGGUUUGGACGGGUUACCAGGCUUAAGGGGCGAUAAAGGCGACGUUGGGGAAAGAGGAGAAAAGGGGGAGAAGGGAAAGAAGGGCAAAAAAGGGCCUAAGGGCGAGAAAGGAGAACAGGGUGCCCCUGGAUUAGAUGCACCCUGCCCAUUGGGCCCAGAUGGUUUACCAAUGCCUGGAUGCUGGCAGAAGGGAGUCACGCCAUGGCUGGUAGCCUGAAAAGUCCCCAGAAAGUAAAGCUGUUGGUUGUUGUUGCUUUAUUUUGGUGAUACCUGCGAGAGGCUCUGAUAUCAGCAGGGUUUUUUUUCACCGUCGCACUCGUGGCUCGGCGUCGUCAGUGUGAUGUCACCGCACCGAAUGAGGGUCUGAUAUUUGGACAAGUCUGCCCCUGGACGCCCCUCUCAGAGCGGGGAAAUGGAUUGGAAAUGGAUGAGACUCAUCGGUGUGUGUGUGUGUGUGUUCCAACCUGCAAAUGCUUCGGGGCCUGAAUAGAGAGCGUCAACAGAACGCAAUCAUCUUUCUGUCUUUCUUGUUUGCUCUCAUUCUUAAAACAUUGUAUUUUUGUGUAUAAUAGCCUUCGGUGCCUCAAGCUUUUAUUCAUUCCUUUAUCAGAAAUGUACAUCUUUAUAUCAUAUUUUUAAUUAUUGGAAUGGUUUUUAUUUCAGAAGGUUAAGGUUUGUUUGGUUUUAUGUAUGUGUAUGUAUACAUGUAUGUAUACAUACACAUAUAAGAAAGUUUGUGAUUAUUGUGAAGACAUUGUGCUUUGUUUUUUUGUUUAAUUUUGUUUUUUAUGAUGUUAAAACACAGUAUGAUUGUGUUCUUGUACAGCCUCUGAUCUUACGAGCUCUCGCUGUUUGUGCAAAAACAAAAACCAUUGCAGUGUUCAGUUAAGCUGCUCAUUCA